AUGAUCCAGUAAGUUGUAACAUUCGUAAACUCUUGGGAUUUCUUCUAUUUUUUUUUUGACAUUUUGCUCAUGAUGGUAAAAAACUUUUUAGAUACGAGUUCGAAGACGAUAACGAUCACACUUUGUUCCAGCAAGAAUUAAACCUUCAAAGUCAUGAAAUGCCCGAGGCAAGUUGGGCCAAUCCGGAGACGUUUCAGUCGGUAAGCAAUGUCCAAAAAAUGUCAUCAAAUUCGAUAUAAAAAUUUUCAAAAAAAAAACUGAAGAUACCUCAAUAUUUCAUGGUUAAAAUUUCGCUAAAUUUUCACUAAGUUUGCAAUUUGAAAGUCCCAUUUUUCCAAAAAUAUUUCCACUUCAUACCAUAACGCUCUAAUUUCAGGACUUUUUCCCCACCGAAAACCUCUCCCUCGACCAAUAUUACACCGACUCCUUCACCAGCUACGGGCAGAAUGACUUCUCUGGGCUGAAUAUUGAGAAUUUCGACUACCCACAAGAAUACGUUGAGCCCAAAGUUGUCAAUUUACCGCCCAUCAAUCCUCCAGCACAGCCUCCGCCAGCCCAAAGUCCAAUUGAAUACCUGGACGUGGAAGAGAGAUCAGAGCCGGUUGUGAAGCGGAAACUCAAAAGAAGGCCAAUUGACGAGUUCAGGACGAAUAAUGGAUUCAAAAAACCGAAUUUCUCGUAUUGCGCGUUGAUUGGGAUGACGUUACGGAACGCCGAAGAUGGGGAACUGGCUGUUUCGGAGAUUUACAGAUUUUUAUGGUAAGUGGAACCAUUUUAUAAAGGAAUUGUUGGAAGUGGGCCGCUCAGAUUCUCGACAUUUUUUGCACGCACAUUGGCCAAAUAUUAAAGCUUGAAAAUCUUAGAAUUUUGUUAGCUCGCGCUUUGCAGAGCUAGGCGAGGGUUCGAGAUCUUUGGAGCCAAGGAAAAGUAGGAGAAAGGCGGAGUGCGAUGCGCACUUUGACCGUAUUUUUGCCGUUUUGCAUGGAAAAAGUUGCUUUUCUGUGGAAACAUUACCCCAUGGUAGAAAGAGACAUGAAAAUUUUUAAGCCAAAAUUUGCCAAAGCGCAUUACAUUUUUGCCAAAAUUUUGAUCUAAAGAUCUCGUUUUGCAAAGAGUGAACUAGAGUUCCGUCUUCGAAAACAAGGGAAAUACCCCCAAGUGCGACGCUCAGAUUUUCUUUAAAUUUUGCACACACGUGAGGCAUGAACUAAAUAUCAAUUUAUCAAUUCCUGAAAAUUUUAGCUCGCGCUUUGCAAGCGCUGCCGAGAUAUUGAACGAUCUUGCCGCCGAAAGAGUAAACUGAGCGUGGAGAGCGGUCAGAGAGAAAAACACCUUUCGGGCCAUAACUUUUCUGGUUUCGCGCGUAAAAAUUUGAUUUUUUAUGGAAACAUUUCCCUAUAUGGUAAAAAUAGGCAUGAAACUUUUCGUGCCGAAGUUCGGCAAAAAUUAUCAAAUUUUCGCCGACUUUCGAUCUAAAAAUCUCGGUUGUUUCAGCAAAGCGUGAGCAAGAAUUCUCGCAUAUGUCGUAGAGAAAAAUAUUCUAAGUUUGUGCCGAGUUUCAUAAAAAAUCUGAGCGUCACACUUGAGGUAAUUCCCCUGUAAAUUUAUGGCAAGUUUAAUCAAAAUCUGAGCGUCGUAUUUAAAAAGGAGUAUUUCCCUUGCUAAUACAACAAUUUUUUAGUCAUCAUUUUCCAUUCUUCCGCGAAGCGCCGUCUGGCUGGAAGAACUCGAUUCGUCACAACCUCUCGUUGAACCAAUGCUUUGAAAAGGUGGAUUUCGACGUGGGCGAUGUGCAAAGCCGCAAGGCGUUUCUGUGGCGCCUGAACCCGGAGAAAGACGACAAAAUCGACGCCGAGAUCCGGAAAUGGAAAGAGCGGAGUGCCACAACAAUCGCGUCGGCGAUGAUCAACCCCGGCGACUUGGACGCGAUCAUCGAGGGCAGAAUGGGAAUGCCGCCGGCGCAUUUCCAAUACUCGGACACACCGAGCGAAGAGCGGCCCAAACGGCGGAGAGUGGAGCCGAAAGUCAUUGUGGUGCGGACUGAUAUUGCACCGUCAAUGCAGCCGCCGCAUCGCUAUGUUGGAGUUGGCGCUGGAUAUCAGCAAUAUCCAAAGGCUGGAACGUCCGGUUAUCAGGCGGAGAGGACGAAAAUUGGGGAGAAAUAUCAUCAUGAUUCGAAUGGUAAGAGCCUUGGAAAAUUACUUUUUAAAAAUUACAUAAUCAUGGUCUUAAUAAAUAUCUACUUUGAUACUAACCUUUAACUUAAGUUUUCUCUUGCUAAAUUUUUUCCUGUUUCAGCAUCAGUGCCGGAAGAUCCGAUCCCGCCGUUCAGAUAUCAACCUCAACAUCCCGUGAUGGCCCCUCGACCAGCACCACCACGAGCCCGGUAUCUUGUCCCAAAACGAAUUAGCCCGUCUUAUAUCAUCCGCCAAACCGAAGCCAGGCCCCAGAAAACUGUUGUGAUCAAAAAGCCACGGCCUUUCCCACUGACCUAUGAGAACAGACCAGUGGAAAUGGAGUCGCCUCCAAUGAAUUUCCUGGACGAAUCGGAGAGCCCAACAAAGGAGAACUCGGAAGUGCCGCAACAGAUUUUAAUGGACAAUGUGGAAGAAAAUGGGAGCGUUGGAAGGACGAGAAUUGCGGAUGAAUUGGACAAACUGAUCGAUGAAGUGGUCACAAAUAGAGGCUAA